CGACGUUCAUCGUUCACGACCACUUUUCUGCGCUUUUCCUUAUCGAGCUCUAACGACAAUGCGUGAAGUUAUCUCCGUGCACGUUGGACAAGCCGGUGUGCAGAUCGGUAAUGCAUGCUGGGAGCUCUAUACUGUUGAACAUGGCCUCAGCCCCGAUGGCCGUCUUGUUGAAGCCUCUCCGUCUCACAACGACGACGGUUUCAGUACAUUCUUCUCGGAGACGUCCUCGGGAAAACACGUUCCUCGCUCGCUUUACGUUGACUUGGAACCCAAUGUGAUCGAUGAGGUCCGAACAGGAACCUACAGGAGCCUCUUCCACCCGGAAACACUAGUGACGGGCAAAGAAGAUGCAGCGAACAACUAUGCCCGUGGUCACUAUACCAUCGGUAAAGAGCAGAUCGACGUUGUGAUGGACAAGAUCCGCCGCUUGGCAGACAACUGCUCGGGUCUUCAAGGCUUCUUCGUCUUCCAUUCAUUCGGUGGUGGAACUGGUUCCGGUUUUGGUGCUCUGUUGCUUGAGCGUCUUUCGACCGACUAUGGCAAGAAGUCCAAGCUUGAGUUCUCCGUCUAUCCCGCACCGAAGACUUCCAACUCGAUCGUUGAGCCGUACAACUCUGUUUUGACGACCCAUACGACUCUUGAGCACUCUGACUGCUCGUUCAUGGUCGAUAAUGAAGCCAUUUACGACAUUUGCAAACAACGUCUUGGGGUGUCAUCACCGGGCUUCACCAACCUGAACAGACUCAUCGCUCAGGUUGUCUCAUCGAUUACGGCUUCGCUUCGCUUCGAUGGUUCUCUGAACGUCGACUUGAACGAGUUCCAAACCAACUUGGUUCCCUUCCCACGCAUUCACUUCCCUCUGGCUACAUUCGCGCCUAUUAUUUCUGCCGAGAAGGCUCACCAUGAGCAGAACUCAGUCGCAGAUAUGACCUUCUCGUGCUUCGAGACCGGUAACCAGAUGGUCAAGUGCGACCCAAGAGAGGGCAAAUACAUGGCAUGUGCUCUUCUUUACCGCGGUGAUGUCGUACCGAAGGAUGUCAACGCUGCUGUUGGUAUCAUCAAGACCAAGCGCACUAUCCAGUUCGUCGAUUGGUGUCCCACUGGCUUCAAACUUGGUAUCUGUAACGAACCCCCGGCACACAUCCCUGGUGGUGACCUUGCGAAAGUCACUCGCAGUCUGUGCAUGUUGUCGAACACUACCGCCAUUUCAACUGCAUGGAGUCGGUUGGAUCACAAAUUUGACCUACUCUACUCGAAACGUGCCUUUGUGCACUGGUAUGUCGGAGAAGGUAUGGAAGAAGGCGAGUUCUCUGAAGCUCGCGAGGAUCUUGCGGCACUUGAGAAGGACUAUGAGGAGGUCGGUAUUGACUCCGCUGAUGUCGAGGAGGCUGGCGAGUACUAAAAGAUGACGGAUGUUCGUUUUCUCGGGUUUCUUAUGCCUCUUGCCAUUACGACUCCUCUAAUUCUAUUUCUUCUGAUUCUUUUUGUUCAAAUGAAUGACACGUAUCCUUCCCUUGCUUUAUAUACCUUUCUUUAAAGCCAAUAACAUGACGGAAAAUCAUUCUUUUGUCUCUUUCUAUACUCAGGUUAUUCACCAGAUAUUAGGUAACUGACAAGUUACAUGGCUAAAAGCAC